GGCCUCGAACCGACCUAAGCACAGGGGGACUCAAAUCAACGCCAUUUCAUUUCAGAGCUUUCGAGGUUUAGGGUUUUGGUGCGUUAACGGUGACCGCCAAUUUCCCCCCUCUCUCUAUACCAUCCGAAAUCGUUCGUCUUCAUGAUCCCGUCCAGCCAUGUCCCGCCUUCAUCUAUCGGUACAAUCAUUUACUUUCCCUCAACUUCCCCAUAAUCGGUUCUUUCUCCGUUUCGCGUCUUCUUGUAUCUAAACUCUAUUGAAUUUCCAUGGCAAGAGGUCUAGCAUCGUAUCUUCUCCGUGUAUGUUCAUCCAGAAACAACAUUUCUAGGUUUAGGGUUCUCUUCUCCCAGUCCAGUUUGUGCCCCCAUUGCUCCAGACUGAACCUGCCAAAUUCUCCUCUAUUCGCUUCCCUCAACCGAUUAACCUCUCAUAUUCCGAAAUUUGAUUAUUUUGAUAGGAAUCUCUAUUCGACGCUGGUGGAAAAUGGGACUGAUGUUCCCGAAUCGGUUACAGCUGUUGAAUUGGAUCACAGCGGGGCUGAGAAUGUUGAAGGAGUGGGCUCCAAAGUAGUUCCUGGAUACCAGCAUGUAGGGGCUCGUGAUCCUAUUGAAAUUUAUAGGGAGCUUCGUGAUGCUGAGCGGGGGAAGAAGCAUACUCGGCUAGAUUGGGAUGCCCUCUUUGAAAUUUUUGGUAGUUUUUCAAAGUCAGGUUGGGCGUCCAACCAGGCACUGGCGGUGUAUAUUGGGGCGUCAUUUUUCCCCACUGCAGCCCACAAGUUUAGAAAAUUCUUCUUCAAUAAAUCUAAGGCUGACGUUGCCAAGUACUUGAUUUCUCUUGGUCCGGGCGAUGCAGCUGACCAUUUCCUUUUUCCAAUUUUUGUUGAAUUUUGUUUGGAGCAGUUUCAUGAAAUUAAGCGGUUUAGGAGUAUGAUUGAGUCCGCUGAUCUUACGAUGCCACACACUUGGUUUCCAUUUGCUCGUGCAAUGAAACGGAAGAUUAUAUAUCAUUGUGGCCCCACUAAUAGUGGUAAAACGUAUAAUGCUUUGCAACGGGUUUUGGAAGCGAAGAAGGGUAUAUAUUGUAGUCCUCUUAGGCUGUUGGCCAUGGAAGUUUUUGACAAGGUUAAUGCGCUUGGAGUUUAUUGCAGUCUGCACACAGGACAAGAAAAGAAGUUUGUUCCUUUUUCGAACCAUGUUGCUUGUACAGUGGAAAUGGUAUCUACAGAGGAAAUGUUUGAUGUAGCUAUUCUUGAUGAAAUUCAGAUGAUGUCGGACCCCUACAGAGGCUAUGCAUGGACAAGGGCUUUGCUUGGCUUGAAGGCUGAUGAGAUACAUCUGUGUGGGGACCCAAGCGUCUUGAACAUUGUCCGAAAAUUAUGUUCAGACAGGGAUGAGUUGUAUGAAAGCCAUUACGAGAGAUUCAAGCCACUGGUAGUUGAAGCCAAGACCCUUUUAGGAGAUCUUCGUAAUGUUCGGUCUGGAGAUUGUGUGGUUGCUUUCUCAAGAAGAGAUUUUGAGGUAAAAUUGGCGAUUGAGAAGUACACUAAUCAUCGUUGUUGUGUUGUUUAUGGUGCAUUGCCCCCAGAGACCCGUAGGCAGCAAGCCAACUUGUUUAAUGAUGAAAACAAUGAAUUUGAUGUCUUAGUUGCAAGUGAUGCAGUUGGAAUGGGUUUAAAUCUUAAUAUUAGAAGGGUUGUUUUCUACAGCCUUUCAAAGUACAAUGGUGAUAGGAUUGUUCCAGUUCCAGCAUCUCAGGUGAAGCAGAUUGCUGGAAGAGCUGGUCGAAGAGGAAGUCGUUAUCCAGAUGGGCUGGCAACCACCUUACAUUUGGAUGACUUAGAUUACUUAAUUGAGUGUUUGAAGGAACCUUUUGAUAAUGUUAAGAAAGUGGGUCUCUUUCCUUUCUUUGAGCAGGUCGAGUUAUUUGCUGGGCAACUUUCAAAUCUGACUUUUCCUCAAUUACUUGAUAGGUUCAGUGAAAACUGCCGUUUGGAUGGCUCUUACUUCCUGUGCCAGCAUGAACAUAUAAAGAAGGUUGCCAACAUGUUGGAGAAGGUUCAAGGAUUAUCUCUUGAAGACCGUUUUAACUUUUGCUUUGCUCCAGUUAAUAUUAGAGAUCCAAAAGCAAUGUAUCAUCUUCUGAAAUUUGCUUCAUCAUAUGCCAAAAACUUGCCUGUUAAUAUAGCAGUGGGCAUGCCUACAUGUUCUGCUCGAAAUGAUUCUGAGCUCUUGGAUCUCGAAACUAAGCACCAGGUCUUGUCUAUGUACUUAUGGUUAUCUAACCACUUUGAAAAGGAGACCUUCCCCUAUGUGAAGAAGGCUGAGGCAAUGGCAACUGAUAUUGCAGAAUUACUGGGUCAGUCUCUCACUAAAGCUUCUUGGAAACCAGAAUCAAGGCGCCCUGCUAAACCAAAGCCUCAAGAGAAAGAUAAUAGUUUCAUGAGGCCAAGAUCACUUAUCAAUUUAUACAAGAAGUAAGUUCAGUUGUAUUUGUUGUA